AGACUAACAGCAACUCACUAAACGUGGACUCCCAGCUGCAGGAGAAAAUGGUUGUGGAUAUUGGGACAUGGGAGCAGAUAUUUCAAGAACUGUUCCAGGAGGUGAAACCCCGGGCCAGAUGGACCCUGAAGUUGAAUAAGGAUCUUCAGCCAGACUGUGUGGCCCAAGGGUGGAAGCAAUACCAGCAGAAUGCAUUUGGCAGGAACACUCUAAUUUCUUGGUUUCUCAUCAGAGUGAAUACUAAUGUCCUUCCUUCUGGGAGGGCUCUGAAGAUAAGCGAGUUACUGUUUGCCACGAGAUUCGGGAGCCUGAGGCAAUCCAACAAGAAGGAGUCAAUGAAUACUUUAGCAGAGCUGUCACUUGAUGAAAAGCACAUGAGGAGAGCAUUAAUCUUGACCAUAUGUCUCAGCAUGGCCUACAAGGCAGGAAGAUCAGGUGCAGGUGUAGCGCCACGGAGAAGCCGCAGCUUGUCUGAUUGCUGCAUUGUGCCAGCUUUCAUGGCACUUGAAUGGAAGCUUUGCCACCAUGGAGAGGCAGAUGAAGGCUCAGAGCUAUGGAAACAGUCUGAAUCGGGGCUUAGAAUGCCAGACCUCUGUUCACUUGAACUCUUGGAGUGA